UGAUGAAAUAUUCUUUUUGAAUUUCAUCACUCCCUAGUCAAUCAUGACGAUGGAUAUAAUAAUUUGACUAUUGCAUUUUUGUUUAGAGUCUUCUCUCGUAUUAUUAUUUUACCUACUUGACUUUUCGUAAUACUGUAUCAUGAUCUCAAAUAGAGUUGUUGCUGCGAUGGGAUCUUCCUCAUGUAUUCGUUUUUUAAGCAACAGUCAAGGAGUCUUCUAUUGUAAGAAGACUGAAACUGAUAAUGGCAAACAAACGAAUACAGAAGGUGAAAAUGGUAAUGGAGAAAAGAUUGACGAGCGUAAGGAAGAGUUUCAAGCUUUGUUGAAAGAAGUCGAUUCCGUAAAAAUUCGAAGUGAAUUGAAAGGACGUAUAUUUUGUCUCAUUGAAAGCCUGUCUGAAGAGAGAAAAAAUCACCUAUUAGCACUCGAACGAGCUACCAAAGCUGAAUCAGACAGAAAUAUUCUGUCGGCUGCAUUGUUACCCUACUACGCAAUUGUAAGAACCAGAGGCCGCGUAGAAUACUGGGAAACAAUAUUUGGCUCAAAAUACACACAUCCCACGCCGGUUUCAUCAGAAUUGGAAGCCAACCCGAUAGCAUCGUACGAGUUUCACUCGAUGAAAUGGCAGUGGAUUUGGGAGAAUUGCGAAGACCCACGAUUCGCGAAAAUUAAAGACGCAGCCAUCGUAGAAUUCAACAACGAUACGAUUUUAGCCAAACAACAACUGAGCACAUCAUUCGCUAGGCUGCAGAUGCUCUUAGGUACAUUCGGUUCCGUAUUCGUGCCUGAAAGGUCUCUGGCAAGGAAGUCAGCGUUGACUCGAUGUUAGACGCUUUAGCAGAUAUCCAAGAGUUUGAUACUGUUAUACUAAAAUGUGCCAAAUUAGCGUGGCUAUAAUUAGGUGCAUAUUUAUACGAUUGUCAAUUCGAUCUCUGUUUGUUAUCGUUAUUAAAAAAAUGCUGUUCAAUAAAUUUAAUUUGGGUAUC